AUGAGUGCAAUUACGAAGAGCAACAAAAAUGAGAUUAUAGUGGCAGCAAACAGGAACGAGGAGACGAGUGAUAGAGAGCAAACGUUGACAAAGCGGGGCCGGGGCAGACCAAAGAAAAUAGAAAACGAGAAGAAGGAUAGCAGUAGGAAAAAUGAUAUAAGAACGUUCAUGCAAAGGGAGAAAGAAAGUAAGGAAAUCGGUUUUGCAAAAAGCGACAAAUUAAUACAAUCGCCGUCGAAGAAGGCAGAUGAAAUGAUGUACGGGAAAAUAGAGGUCGACGACGACGAAGUAACUGAGGAAAACGAACAAGAAGAGGAGGGGAGCGAGAAAGAUGGUGAAGAAAAGAGAGGAGAAAAUUCGGCAGAAGACAAGAGUGAGAAAACAUGGAACGAGCAUGAGGUAAAAGAUGCACAGAAGCUGAAUGGUAAAGCAGGUCAAGACGAUAAGGAAGAAAAUGAAGCAAGGCGAAAACAAGACCGAGGGACGGAUGUAGACACAGGCACGAGCACGGAUACGAGCGAGGAUGAGAGGAGUAGCGUAGGAGAGGAAUUGAAGAAACUACAGGAUAGAAUGGAGAAGAUGGAAGAGCAAAGAAGAAUUUAUGCACAAGCAGUAGAACUAGCGAAAGAAAUGGUAAGACUGGUAGUGGAGAAGUUUGAUAGAAAAAUGUCAGAGUUGAUAAACCAAAUGGUAGAAAAGGCGAGAGAGCAAAAAGAGAGGUUGGAGAAGGAAAUAGAGAAAAUGAAUAGAUGCGGCAAGAGUAGGAGGGAGGAGAGAAAGGAGACAAACGAGAGCACAAAAAACAAGAGCAAUGAAAUGCAAGAAGAGGAAACGGCACAACGAGCAGACGACAAGCAACAUGUAACCACGGACAAGAGCGGCGUGGACGAAGAGAGAACUAGAAGUGCAUAA